AGUUGACCGCAGCCACCCGUCCCGGUUUGGAUCCAGCCUCAGUAUGGCCGCUAACUGCGCAUGACCAAAGACCGGUGUCCGGUGUCCGACUGUUAACAGCUGUUGAGACCAUGAAGGGUAGGACCGGGGCACCAGGGGAAACACACCCAGAAUAACCGGACUGGACCCAGUACAGAGCCGGUACCUCCCCUCCGGUCUUCAGAGGGGGCCACUGAUCUGCAGCUGCACUGAAAGUAGCUGAGCUAACGAAGCUAGCGGAGCCAACAGCCAGCAGACCAUCAGCUGUUAUCUAACGGGGCUAACAGGCUAAGUGCUAACGAAGCUAGCGGAGCCAACAGCCAGCAGACCAUCAGCUGUUAUCUAACGGGGCUAACAGGCUAAGUGCUAACGAAGCUAACGAAGCUAACGGAGCCAACAGACAGCAGACCAUCAGCUGUUAUCUAACGGGGCUAACAGGCUAAGUGCUAACGUAGCUAACAGAGCUAGCGGAGCCAACAGCCAGCAGACCAUCAGCUGUUAUCUAACGGGGCUAACAGGCUAAGGGCUAACGUAGCUAACGGGCUAACGGAGCUAGCGGAGCCAACUGACAGCAGACCAUCAGCUGUUAUCUGACGGAGCUAACAGGCUAACGGAGCUAACGGAGCCAACAGAGUUGUUUUCUGACGGAGUUAACGAGCAUUCCACCACCGGGUUCUAAGGGACCGGAUCUACUGAGCCUUCAGAGUACCGUCAGUCCAGCCGGGAUAGAGCAGAGCCCGGCUCUGUUCGGACCGGUCGCAGGAUGCUAAUAGCAACAGUCGCCGGAGGAGCCGGUAAUGCUGCAGCUACCGGCAAGAAGCACCGGCGGAGAGGAAAGAAGCACCAACGGGUCCGAACGGAGGAGAACCGGCCCGAUGACCUCUGUGACCUCUUCCCAACCCCUCAGCAGAGUUACCCAGAAGCCACCCUGUCGCAACCGCAAAAUACUUCAGAUGCAAACACAUCAUCACAAAGAGCACCAGCAUGUACUGAAGAUGUCCAUGAAGCCGCUACAGUACCCCAACAGUCCCAUCCACUCACCAGCACGUUACCCACUGAGAUCUGCACCCUCAGAACCGCCCCCUCCUGUCCGGAUCCAGUAGAUCCUCUUAUAGCACACUUGGAGCCUCCUGAAGUUACUCUAUUAAACACCCACCCGACAGCAGCAAUGACACAUCAGAUUGACAGCCAAUCCCCUCCUUCCAUGUUUGAAGAUCCCGCCCACAGUCCAAGUCAAUCACCGCCCAUGGUCAACCAAAAUAAUACCCAGAAUUCCUCCCGAUCGCCUAAUAGAACUCUUCAAAAUGUUCAUCAGAGUCCACCUGAGAGCCAAACUUAUUCCUCCAAUUUACCUGCAAUCGUUUCACUCAACAUUACCCACAAUGCCUCUGAAUCAAAGGCGGUUUCUGAUAAAGUUCCUCCCAGUCCUCAGUUAAGCCCCUCCCACCUAGAACCCUUCUUGCUGACCUCAGUGACCUUUACCUCGAGUGUCUCCUCGCACCUCUGCACACCCACCUUCUCACCCACCUCCUUCCUCUGCUCCCCCAACUCCCUGAGCCCCGGCCCUUCUCUCGUGAGGCCUCCGGCCACGCCCCCUUUGACUCUGAGCCCGCCCCCUCUAGAGUUGACCCCGCCCCCUGUUCCGCUUUUGGGCUCUGACGAUGAAGAGCAGGAAGACCCUUCAGAUUAUUGCAAAGGCGGUUACUACCCGGUGAAGAUCGGUGACCUGUUCAACGGGAGAUACCAUGUGGUCAGAAAGCUGGGUUGGGGCCACUUCUCCACCGUGUGGCUCUGCUGGGACCUGCAGAGGAAGCGCUUUGUGGCGCUGAAGGUGGUGAAGAGCGCCCCUCAUUACACAGAGACGGCUGUGGACGAGAUAAAAUUGCUCCGAUGUGUGAGAGACAGUGACCCCUCCGACCCCUACAGAGAGACCAUUGUCCAACUGAUAGAUGACUUCAAGAUCUCUGGAGUCAACGGGAUCCAUGUCUGUAUGGUUCUGGAGGUUUUGGGUCAUCAGCUGCUAAAAUGGAUCAUUAAGUCCAACUACAUGGGACUUCCUCUGGUCUGUGUGAAGACCAUAAUUAGACAGGUGCUUCAGGGUCUCGACUACCUCCACACCAAGUGUAAGAUCAUCCACACGGACAUCAAACCAGAGAACAUCUUACUGGACGUGGAUGAGGUUUAUGUCAGGAGACUGGCAGCCGAGGCCACCAUGUGGCAGAGAGCUGGAGCUCCGCCCCCUUCGGGGUCCUCAGUUAGCACGGCUCCCAGCGAUUUACAGGUUGGUAAGCUGUCUAAGAACAAGAAGAAGAAGAUGAAGAGGAAAGCUAAACGUCAACAGAAGCUGUUGGAGGAGAGACUGGUGAACAUACAGAAGAUGGAGGACGAGGACGGUGUGAUACAAUCCGAAGAUACAGACGCUGCCUGCUCUCUGGUCGUCAAUGGCAACACGUCAGCCAGCAAAACCAGCUCAGACUCCACCUCUUCCUGGUUGGACGACAGGUGUAAUGGCCACGCCCCCGGACGGUUCACCAGCCCCGCCUCCGGCCUAUCAGGCUUCUCCAGCUCCGUGAUGUCAGCGCCUUCUGAAUCAGCACUUUCUACUCAGUCAGAGAACUCGAGCGGACGAGAUGUGUUCAGUGCUUCAGACUUCGUCCUCAGUCCUCUGGACCCUCAGAACGGACUCAAGCUGCGAGUGAAGAUCGCCGACCUGGGAAAUGCAUGCUGGGUG